AUGCACCCAUUGGAAUGGUCAGAGGAUUUGGUUAGAGUGCUGGAACCACUUGCUUGGGAUAGACCUUGGCCAGAGGCACGCAAGACAUGGAGAUACAUGGUCGUGCCAAAGACUGAUCUACACAGAAUUUACAAUGUGUUCGAAUAUGAACUAAAUAAAAUAUUGGAGCACCUUAUUGAUUAUAUGAAAUCUGGGGAAUACAAGGAUCGCAGAGACACCUCCUUGAGCUAUUUGGAGUUGCUCAACCCACUUCAAAGAUAUAUUGGUUGUGGACCUAAGCCAGAGGGAGACAAAUACAUUAUUGUGUGUUUACUUGGACCCUACGGAGACUUCAAGGUUAAUAUGUGGGAAAACAUGACUAAUGAAUCCAAUUCGAAAUGUUAUGAUUUCUAUCAAUACGAUGGCGGACACUGUGAACUUAAUGAUCCAGAUUUCACAGAAUCAAUCAAUGAUAUCAGGAGGAAGUUUGCAAAAAAGUAUAAUGUUCCAGACAUGCAUAAACUGACCUGGAACAAGGAUCUUCUCAAAAUACUUGAGUCUUUAGACGUCUCUGCUAAUGAUACAAGUCUCAAAAACUAUCAAAGAUACUGGAUAUUGCGAGGAACUGGAUAUCAACACACAUUGAAUACUCUCCGAAACAAAAUCAAUAGAGAGUAUAUCAAGAAUGUCGAGAAGGAAGAAAUAUUUGCAUCUGGACUCAAUUCGACUUUGGGAGAUCUGGAAGCUGUCAUUCCGCUUCAGAAGACGUUUGCAUGUGCUCCAAAACUAAUGAACAAUCAGUGGAAAAUAGUUUGUUUGAUUGGUCCAAGCUUGGAACCAAAAAUGUUCGAUAUCGAUCCGAAAAUUGUGACCAAAAACGUUCUUGGAUCGGCUUGCCCGACACAUUACAAACAUGAAGACGGUCUAUGUGUUCCGGAAAACCCCGAGAAAAAUGUGAACAUUUUCGAUAGCGACUAUUUCAAGGAGAAAGUCAAUGAUGUGAGGGUAAAACUUGCCAAGAAGUUUAACGUGUCGAAUAUGCAUCAACUCGACCCGUCCUAUGAUUUAUCGAAGGAACUGGAGGAUUGGAACAUCAAUGAUAGAAAUCAGAAGCAGGAAAGAAUAAGAUAUUUGGCAGUCCCUAUUCAUGACUUUGAAAAAAUGUUGGAUACCCUGGAAACCCGCGUUCAACAAGAGUAUUUUUCGAAAAAUCCGAAAGAAAGGAGAGCUAUCCUGGCUUCUGGUGCUAACACUACUCUAGGUAUUCUGGAACUCAUCAUGCCUCUCCAAACAAUGUAUGAAUGUGCUGUCAAUGAGGUCAAUGGCGUCUUCAAAGUAGUUUGUUUGAUUGGACCAAGUCUGACACCCAAAAUGUUUGCAACGGACAUGACAAGUGUGACGAACAAUGUUCCCGGAUCAGAUUGCAUGCCCAGAUAUGUAGAUAACCUUGGAUUGUGUGAAACUGAUGAGCCAUCACAUGCUAGAAAAUGGUUCCUGAAUGAUUUCAACUUGUUGAGAAAGAAGUACGCGAAUAGAUAUCAAAUUCCAAAUAUGCAUGAGUUGAUUUGGAGUGACUCAUUCGCAACUUACGCAGAAUCUCAAAUGAUGUCCGAGAAACCGUUGUCUUGUUCUGGAAAGUCUUGGAGAUAUGUGUCAAUAUUCUUUACCAGUUUCAUUGUGACACUUGAAGAGAAAAUUGACGAAUAUCUGAUGGAAAUGAAUCAUUACAAAUUCAUCGAUUUUCUUAAAAAUGGAAACAAAUCUGAAAGUGUCGGUUACUUGGAACUAUUGAACCCUCUGCAAACUCAUAUUGGAUGUACCGGUCGAUUUCAAGGCGUUCUUUGUCUGCUGGGUGAUGAAGGAGUGUUUCAAAUGUGGGAUUUGAAUAAGAAUUCGGGGGAAGCUGGCUCAGACUGUCAACGUGGAUAUGAGAACCGUGAUGGACUUUGUUUGCUUUCUAGAACUCAACAAUCUCCUAAGUCUCGAAAAAAUGAAGAUCCAUCUUUCUCAGGUGGAAAAUGA